CUUCCAACACAUUGUUUGUCAUCUGAUGCUUUUGCUUUGCACUUCUCAAAGUUUUGUUAGGAAAAGACUACCAACCACAAAAUCUUAGUUGAACUUUCAGUUCAUGCCAACCUGUUGCUACAUCUCCCUUGAGAGUGACUCCAUCAAUCUACUUAUGAGCAUAAUUCAUUCCUGUGCAUGAUAGAAGCAGAGCCAAGCUAGGAAUCACUAACCCAUGUUUUCUUGUGAAGAAACUGACCUGCCUUCCAAGUCUCCAGAUCUCUUCCUCUCCUCUCAGGCCUAAAGCAGUAUGUAAAGUGCAGGGUUGGCAUGAUCUCAAAAGCAUGCUCUUCCAUUACAUCUUCCUUCCCUUUUGCUUCUCCCCAGCCAUUUCUUAGUCCUUAAGCAUGCCAUGAAUUCCUUCCCCCUCUCCGCCACCAUUUCCACAACACAUGUUAUAAGCUCCAUCUGCAGCUGAUCGAUCCAAUCAUCCGAGUGUCGCAGGCAGACCAAGAGAAGGGAAGAUGUCCACCGACUGGGGGCCGGUGAUUGUCGCAGUGAUCCUCUUCAUCCUGCUGUCUCCGGGCCUCCUGUUCCAGCUGCCCGCAAGGUCUCGAGUGGUGGAGUUUGGGAACAUGAGUACCAGCGGCAUCUCGAUUCUUGUUCACAGCAUCCUCUUCUUUUGCUUGCUAACCAUCUUGGUCAUUGCCAUCGGCAUACACAUCCACGCAGCUUGAUCAAAAGAUGGAGAGCUGAUUUCCUUCUCCUCCAUCCCUGGAGCUUUCCACCACCGGCUUGGCGGUGCUCUCUUUGGCAUUUACCCGAACGAUUGAUACACAGAGAAUGUUAUUGUUUUCGUCUGACAUGUGUGUUUCUUAAGGGAGACACCACCAAAUGUUGCAUCUGUAACUGAUAAUAAAUCGCUCAUACUUUGUCCUCUCA